UCUUAAUUUAUCUGAGAUUAGCCGUGUCCCUAACAAGUGCCAACUACCGUCCGAAAGUGCCAGUCCAAACACAGCACCUGAAUUCCAGCUAAGUGUUUCCGCCUAGCUUACAACUAAAGUAUCUCAUUACGGGACUAUACAUAGCAUGGAGACAGCCAGGACUCCCAGAGGGGGAAUCAACUGGCUUUAGGCAAAUUUGGAUUCAACUGAAGACCAGGUGAUGCAAUGAACUACAAAUAACAAAGUAAUCCAGGUGAAUGUGUGGAAGUAUGCUUCUCCUAUAGGCUUUUAAUGUUCUUAAAUUUCUUCUAAUUAAAGAUUGUAUUGAUCAAGAAUAUAAUUAAAUGUAUGUGAUUAUGUGAAGGUUGAUGAAGAACAGCAGGUGUUCUGUGUUAUGUCUAAGAAUCUGUAACUAAGGAAAGACUGUGGCCUCUUCGUUCACUGAUGCAUACGACCUAGAGAAUCUUUGAACCCGAGCUGCAGGAGGAAAAUUGUAAAAAUUUACUUAUUGGAAUUUUGCAAGUAACUUAUGUUGGGGAACAGUCAUGUGCAGAAGACCUUUGAGUUGCAAGAGAAGAGAAAGGACACACCAACCUAGGCGAAUUUGGAUUCAACUGAAGACCAGGUGAUGCAAUGAACUACAAAUAACAAAACCUGGAAAAUGGACAGUCCUUCAAGAGCUGACGAAUCUGUACAGUUAAAUAAACAGUUCCCCAACAAGUCGCUUCUCCUGGCUGUCUGUGCUGCAUGCAUUGGAGGAACUUUUCAGUAUGGCUACAAUGUGUCCAUCAUCAAUGCUCCCACCCAGUCCGUGCAGAACUUCAUCAACCAAACCUGGAUCUAUCGAUAUGACGCUCAGAUCACAGAGGAACUGCUCACCUUGCUUUGGUCCACAAUCGUGUCCAUCUUCACCAUUGGCGGGCUUGUUGGAUCUUUAGUUGGAGGAACGCUGGCUAUGAGGUUUGGGAGAAAAGGGGCACUGCUAUUAAACAACACAUUUGCUCUGCUGGCUGCCCUGAUGAUGGGCAUUAGCCAUCUGACCGGCUACUAUGAGCUGCUGGUCAUUGGGAGGUUUUUGUCCGGUGUAAAUGCAGGUGUGGGUAUGUGCGUUCAGCCACUCUACCUGGGGGAAAUCGCCCCCAGGGCACUGCGUGGGGGGAUGUCCAUGGGAACGUCCAUCUUCCUCACCGGCGGACUCUUGAUAGGACAGGUGAUUGGGCUGCAUGAGCUGCUCGGCAAAGCGGAGCACUGGCCCAUCCUGCUGUCCACCACCUGCAUCCCCGCCGUCCUGCAGCUCCUCAUUCUGCCCUGGUUCCCCGAGAGCCCGCGGUUCCUGCUCCUGGACCGGGGGGACGAGGCGGCGUGCACCAAGGCGCUGAAACAGCUGCACGGUGGGGACGGCUACCGCAGGGAGAUGGAGGACAUGGAGAAGGAGAGGAUCAGCUCCCUGGGGGUCAAGGCCAAGAAGCCCUGGGAGGUUUUCAGCGACCGCAGCAUCCGCUGGCAGCUCAUUACCGUGAUUCUCAUCAACAGCGCCCAGCAGCUGAACGGCAUCAACGCCAUUUACUUCUAUGCCAGCUACAUCUUUAGGCAAGCGGGGAUCCCGGAAGAUAAGAUUCUCUACGUCACAGUGGGAACGGGAGCUUGUGAAUGUCUUACCGCCCUCACAUGCGGCAUGCUAAUCGAUUCUCUCGGACGAAGAGCACUGAUCAUCGGGGGAUACACUCUCAUGGCAGUCUGGUGCAUUUGUGUCACGAUAACUGUCACCUUACAGGAACUGAGUCCAUGGGUUCCAUAUAUCAGCAUGGCCUGUGUGUUUGCCUUCAUUUUGAGCUUUGGCCUGGGACCAGGUGGAGUGACCAACAUCCUGACCAUAGAGCUGUUCACGCAGGCGACACGGCCCGCCGCCUUCAUGAUAGGAGGAUCAGUCAACUGGCUGAGCUUCUUCUUCAUCGGCAUGGUGUUCCCGUUCAUUGUGAAUGGGCUGCAGCAGUACUGCUUCCUCGUCUUCCUGGCCAUCUGCAGCCUGGUGGUGAUAUACAUAUUCUUCAUCGUCCCGGAGACGAAGAACAAAACCUUCCUGGAAAUCCAAGAGGAGUUCCUGUCCAGGGACUUGAUCAAGAAGCGCAAGUCUGAAGGCAGCAACGGCCACGGGGUGAACUUGCUGUCGAUGCCUCUGUGAACGUCGCGUGUGUCUGUUCCUUCGUGUUACGCUUUAUUUGGCUACGUGCCAUCUUACUGCACAGAACAAGGUUAUAUUUUGUGGCUGCAUCACGAUAGCAGGCAGGGGACCCACCAGGGAUUUUGGGCCCCCGUGAAAAGAUUUCAUGUUGGGCCCCACCACCUCAGGCCACUCCAUCCCUGCACCAUCACAGGCAAAAUUUUUUGAGGGCCCCUGUCAGUCUCGACCCUUGUAAUGAUCCUAAGCUGCCCACUCCCCUCCCUCGAUAUGGCACACCCAAUUAGUGGGAACCUAAGGUAUAACAAAAAGACAACAUGAAAUUUACAAAGGUUGACUAGCUAUGUCUGGUUUGGGUUUUGUUGUUGAACUGAAAACUCAUCUCUUCAAGCAAUACUUUAAGUUACUAGAAGAUAUUACAGAAGUUUAAUUGUUAAACUGAAAUACUUAACGGUUCUUAAGCCAGAGCACCUGACAUAGUCCAUCCUAACCUACACACUGAUCGCUUGCCCACUAUAUACUUACACUUGGACCCUAGUGUCAUGAUACUAUGAUGCACUACUACCGCUUGCUUUGUAUUAGUUGGAUGUAGACUUCACCUUUUUCUUUGUACUAAGUAUAGAUGUAUGUUCUGUGGUCUACUCCGGACUAUCAAUGCACUUAUUGUUUUUAUGGCACUUGGAGGUUAAUUGACCCUGCCAGUGUUGAAUGUUCACUCCUGAUAUUGUACUACUUUGUUUGUCGCUCUGGAUAAGAGCAUCUGCUAAAUGCUAAAUUGUAAACUGUAAUUGAAAAUUGGUGUUGGGCGGAUAAAUUGGAAUCAACUUGAUGACCGUGUAGCAUCAAUAGUAAUAUCAAGGCAUGAACUCAUGAGUAGCCUACUGGUGUCUAGAACAACUGUAAUUUAUUAUUUAAUUGCUAUGACUGGUGAAAUGUGAAAAGAUGUCCUCCACGUACUUGUUGUGUACCAGGCUUCAGUUAUUUAACAUACCAAUUAUAACAGAAUAGAAGGGGAACCUUCACAUAAGUAAUAAUUACUAGGCAAUAGUAUAACACUUUAAAAAAAUUUUUUUUUCCAUUUUUAUUAUUUCAAUUUGAAUUUUUUUGUGACCACGUGCAUUACAAAAUAAUCUGCCUUAAUAGGUACUGUAUACAGAUUAAUCAGUACAUUUUUAAAGGGAGAAGUAUUCUGUGGAAAAUGGCAAUAAAGAUGAAUAUCAUAAUAUCA